AUGCUUUCACGUGAUUUUAAUAAUAUUUCCAGUGAUAAAAUUAUGUUAAUGAGCAAUUUCUCUAGUAUCAUACGUCGUUCCUUUCAAACCUCUAGUGUUAAAAAUAGGUUCGAACCAAGUAAAGGGAAAGGUGUCGUGGGCUUAUAUGAAUUCUUUCAAAACGGUGUUGAUAGUCCUAAUCCUUUACCUAGGACUAACGAGCUUUAUCCUGUUGAAUUGUUUCAAAAUAAAAAAUUUGACAUACCAUCCAUAUCAAUUACCCAACCAACAAUUGCAACACCGUCAUCAUCAAUAUCAACUAACAAUUCAAACCAGGCAGUAAUAGGUUCGGCUGUUAACGUUGAAAUUACUCCCACCAGUAAUGGCAACGAAAAUGAAAUGUCUGAAAAAGAACUGAAAACACUUCAAGCUCAAUUAUCAGCAUAUCGAGUUGACAAAGAUUUACUUCAACGUGAAAUUGAAAAAUUACAAGAGAAGUCAUUAAGUGCAGAGUUGCAAUACAAACAAAUUAUUUCCACUUGUUGUAAAAUUGAUCUUGAUAAAGUGGAUGAUUUUGUGGAAACUAUAUUGGGAGAAGUUGAUAAUGAUCUUGAAGACGAAUUUAGUUUGGGAAGGAUAGGAGAAAUAUUGGGUAAAUUGGAUAAAGAAGCUUCGCAAUUGUAA